AUGGUGGUGCUCGCAAACCAAGUUCUUAUUUCAUCGGUCUUGAACGCCAGAAUAAUCGGCCCGAGCUCCAAAACCGUGGUCUUGGCUCACGGUUUCGGGACAGACCAGUCUGCAUGGGACAAGGUGCUGCCUUUAUUGUCUAUACACCAUCGAGUGGUUCUAUUCGAUUGGGGCUUCUCCGGUUCUGUUAAAGACGAAAUUACCCUUUUUGACCCGAUCAAGUACUCCUCUUAUGAUGCCUUCGCCGAUGACCUUAUUGUACUUCUUGAAGAGUUGGAUGUUAAAUCGGCCACUUUGGCUGGACACUCUAUGUCCGCCAUGAUCGGAUGCAUUGCUUCCAUUAAACGGCCUCAACUCUUCAAGAAACUCGUGCUCGUUUCAGCUUCACCUAGGUAUAUUAAUAGUGAGGAUUAUGAAUUUGGAUUCAAGAGAUCUGACGUGGACCAAUUAAUCUCAACCAUAGAAACAAACUUCCAAACAUGGGCAUCAAACUUUCCUCCACUAGUAAUUGACCAAAAUGACCCUCUCUCCAUACAAAACUUUGAGAAAUCACUCAAAAGAAUGAGUCCCGAGGUUGCUCUAUCGACAGCUAAACUUGUUUUCUAUGGCGAUUACACUCACAUUCUCGAUAAUGUCACUACACCAUGUCUAAUAGUCCAAACGCUAAAUGAUAUUGUUGUCCCCAUGUCGGUUGUCGACUACAUGCAGAAGAAGAUCAAGGCUAAAUCGACGGUCGAGAUGAUUCACACCAAUGGCCAUUUUCCGCACCUUACUGCACACGUUCAAUUUGUCGAGGUCAUAGAAAGAGCUCUUGUGACAUCUUAA